AAAUCCCAGCGAAAAUCCAUUUUUUCCGUCAUUAUCUAAUGCUAAAAUCUAAAAUCUUGUCUCCCGAAAUGCCCUGAACAUUUCAACAAAAUAAUGGCAAAGGUGGUGCGGCGGAAAUUUUUCAUUGUUUCAUUUUUAUUAUUUUCGAUUUUGCUGUUAUUUUUACAACACUCUCGGCAAGUUAAGGUAAUUGAGAGGACUUUUAUUUUGGAAAAUGGCUCGCAGAAUAGUUCUCAAAUACGAGAUGCUUGUUUCGUACCCUACUGGAAUCAAAAAACCACUGAAAAUAUUUUGCACUCGGAGCAAAUCGAGGAAUGGGCAAAAACGGAAUUUGGUGGGAAUCUCAACAUGAUCGAUGGGGAACCUCGCCUGCUAUCCGCUUUCGUGUACCCUGACGAGAUCUCCAUUAUCACUACUGUAAUGCACACUUUUCUAAAACGUGCCACAUGUCAUUACUACGACUGUAACCGUGUCGAAAUUCACGCUGCAAGAUUUAAAUCUCGUGUAUGGCCGCUAGCAGUCAUCACUUGCCCGCGAAGGUUCGGCGCAGAGUACGUGAGUGUCAGCUAUGAAGAAGAUGAAGAGCCUCAGGAACCGAUUCCGUUGACCUACAGGGCUUACGAUAGGCCGCUCCACGAGCUCUCCGUUUGUGUAGGGCCAAUGUAUGGAGAAGAAAGCAAAUGGCUGGAAAUUAUAGAAUACGUAGAACAUUAUAGAUUGGUGGGAACGUCCCAUUUCUACUUCACCCUAUUCAACAUGAACGAGUAUGACAGGAAAAUAAUUGACAACUACGAGAGCCUAGGCAUCGCUGAAUCCACAAAAUACACCACUGAAUAUUUGAGACUCGGGUGGAUGUUUCAUCUCUUGCAAACUCAUGAAUGCCAUUAUCGGAGUAAAUUUCAUUCGAAAUGGGUUGUCAAUAUGGAUAUUGAUGAGCGGCUGGUAUACACUGGACCACUUAACCUGAGAAGCUAUUUGAGGAGACUCCCGCCGAACAUUGGAGAAGUCAGCUUCACCACAAAUCGAGUCUUGAAAACUGAGCCAGUUCCUGUAAAAUAUAGCAGUGAUGCUCAAUUAAUGGAAGAUAUGCUAUUCCUGAAAUACAAUAAAACCACUGAAAUCAGUUGGUACAAUUUGAAAGGGAUCAUUCGACCGGAAAAAGUCGCCAUGCUUUUUUAUCACUGGUCAUAUUUUCAGUUUGAAGGGGUCAAUGUUGUUUCGGUGCCGAAAAGAUUUGGGCAUGUCAGACACUACCGAAACAUGGACAAAAAGGCUCUGAAUGGGAAUUGGAUGGAAAACUACAACGGGACACUUCAAGAAACCCGCCUAUCCAGGUCAUUCGAGAAAAGAUUAAUUUCGGCAGUGAGACGACGGGUCAAAUAUGUAUACGAUCAGCGAAUGGUGAGGUGCGAAGAAAUUCCCGAGUGGUUGAGUUCAAGGUUCAGGAGGCAACUGCUGGAUUGUAAAUUUAAAAAUGAAAUUUAAGUAAGAUGUUCCUGGUAUAAUAAAUUUGUUUUUUGAU